AUGUCGGCUCCUGUCGGGCCGCGGGGCCGCCCGGCUCCCACCCCGGCGGCUUCUCAGCCGCCCCUGCAGCCCGAGAUGCCCGACCUCAGCCACCUCACGGAGGAGGAGAGGAAAAUCAUCCUGGCCGUCAUGGAUCGGCAGAAGAAAGAAGAGGAGAAGGAGCAGUCGGUGCUCAAGGUCAAAGAAGAACACAAACCACAGCCGACACAGUGGUUUCCCUUUAGUGGGAUCACUGAACUGGUAAAUAACGUUCUUCAGCCCCAGCAAAAACAACAAAAUGAAAAGGAGCCCCAGACAAAACUUCAUCAGCAGUUUGAAAUGUACAAGGAGCAGGUGAAGAAGAUGGGAGAAGAAUCACAACAGCAGCAAGAACAGAAGGGUGAUGCCCCAACCUGUGGUAUUUGCCACAAAACAAAAUUUGCUGAUGGAUGUGGCCAUAACUGUUCAUAUUGCCAAACAAAGUUCUGUGCUCGUUGUGGAGGUCGAGUGUCAUUACGUUCAAACAAGGAGGACAAAGUGGUUAUGUGGGUAUGUAAUUUGUGCCGAAAACAACAAGAAAUCCUCACUAAAUCAGGAGCAUGGUUUUAUAAUAGUGGAUCUAAUACACCACAGCAACCUGAUCAGAAGGCUCUCCAAGGACUGCGGAAUGAGGAGGCGCCUCAGGAGAAGAAAGCAAAAGUGCAUGAGCAGGCCCAGUUCCAAGGACCCUCAGGUGACUUAUCUGUACCUGCAGUGGAGAAAAGUCGCUCUCAUGGGCUCACAAGACAGGAUUCUAUUAAAAAUGGGUCAGGAGUGAAGCACCAAAUUGCCAGUGACAUAGCUUCAGACAGGACACGAAGUCCAUCAGUAUCCAGAGAUCAGAAUAGAAGAUACGACCAAAGAGAAGAACGAGAAGAAUAUCCACAGUAUGCUACUUCAGAUAACACCAUGCCUAGAUCUCCAUCAGAUUAUGCUGAUAGGAGGUCUCAGCGUGAACCUCAGUUUUAUGAAGAGUCUGACCAUAUAAAUUACAGGGACUCCAACAGGAGAAGUCAUAGGCAUUCCAAAGAAUACAUUGUAGAUGAUGAGGAUGUGGAGAGCAGAGAUGAGUAUGAAAGGCAAAGGAGAGAGGAAGAAUACCAGGCACGCUAUCGAAGUGACCCAAAUUUGGCCCGUUAUCCAGUAAAGCCACAGCCCUAUGAAGAACAAAUGCGUAUUCAUGCGGAAGUGUCCAGAGCGAGGCAUGAAAGAAGGCAUAGUGAUGUUUCUUUGGCAAAUGCUGAGCUGGAAGAUUCUAGGAUUUCUAUGCUGAGGAUGGAACGACCAUCAAGGCAGAGAUCUAUAUCUGAACGUAGAGCUGCCAUGGAAAAUCAGCGAUCUUACUCAAUGGAAAGAACUCGAGAGGCUCAGGGACCAAGUUCUUACCCACAAAGGACCACAAACCAUAGUCCUCCCACCCCCCGGAGGAGUCCAAUACCCAUUGAUAGGCCAGACAUGAGACGUACUGACCCACUGAGGAAACACCACCACUUAGAUCCUAGCUCUGCUGUGAGGAAAACAAAACGGGAAAAGAUGGAAACAAUGUUAAGGAAUGAUUCUCUCAGUUCCGAUCAGUCAGAGUCUGUGAGACCUCCACCACCAAAGCCUCAUAAAUCAAAGAAGGGAGGUAAAAUGCGCCAGGUUUCAUUGAGCAGUUCAGAGGAGGAAUUAGCUUCCACACCUGAAUACACAAGUUGUGAUGACGUUGAGAUUGAAAGUGAGAGUGUAAGUGAAAAAGGGGACAGUCAAAAGGGAAAAAGAAAAACUAGUGAGCAGGCAGUUUUGUCGGACUCUAACACCAGGUCUGAGAGACAAAAGGAAAUGAUGUACUUUGGUGGCCACUCUUUGGAAGAGGACUUGGAAUGGUCUGAGCCUCAGAUUAAGGACUCUGGGGUAGAUACCUGUAGUAGCACAACCCUUAACGAGGAGCAUAGCCAUAGUGAUAAGCACCCUGUGACGUGGCAGCCAUCUAAAGAUGGAGAUCGUUUAAUUGGUCGCAUUUUGUUAAAUAAGCGUCUAAAAGAUGGAAGUGUGCCUCGAGAUUCAGGAGCAAUGCUUGGCUUGAAGGUUGUAGGAGGAAAGAUGACUGAAUCAGGUCGGCUUUGUGCAUUUAUUACCAAAGUAAAAAAGGGAAGUUUAGCUGAUACUGUAGGACAUCUUAGACCAGGUGAUGAAGUAUUAGAAUGGAAUGGAAGGUUAUUGCAAGGAGCCACAUUUGAGGAAGUAUAUAACAUCAUUCUGGAAUCCAAACCUGAACCACAAGUGGAGCUUCUUGUUUCAAGACCUAUUGGAGAUAUCCCUAGAAUCCCUGAUAGCACACAUGCACAACUGGAGUCCAGUUCUAGCUCUUUUGAAUCUCAAAAAAUGGAUCGCCCUUCUAUUUCCGUUACCUCUCCCAUGAGUCCUGGCAUGUUGAGGGAUGUUCCACAAUACUUAUCUGGACAACUUUCAAUAAAACUGUGGUUUGACAAGGUUGGUCAUCAAUUAAUAGUUACAAUUUUGGGAGCAAAGGAUCUCUCUUCCAGGGAAGAUGGGAGGCCAAGGAAUCCUUAUGUUAAAAUUUACUUUCUUCCAGACAGAAGUGAUAAAAACAAGAGAAGAACUAAGACAGUAAAGAAAACAUUGGAACCCAAAUGGAACCAAACAUUCAUUUAUUCCCCAGUCCACCGAAGAGAAUUUAGGGAACGAAUGCUAGAGAUUACUCUCUGGGAUCAAGCUCGAGUUCGAGAGGAAGAAAGUGAAUUCUUAGGAGAGAUUUUAAUUGAAUUAGAAACAGCAUUAUUAGAUGAUGAGCCACAUUGGUACAAACUUCAGACCCAUGAUGUUUCUUCAUUACCACUCCCCCACCCUUCUCCAUAUAUGCCGCGACGACAGCUCCAUGGAGAAAGCCCAACAAGGAGGUUGCAAAGGUCAAAAAGAAUAAGUGAUAGUGAAGUCUCUGACUAUGACUGUGAUGAUGGAAUUGGUAUAGUAUCAGAUUAUCGACACAAUGGUCGAGAUCUUCAAAGCUCAACAUUAUCAGUGCCAGAACAAGUAAUGUCAUCAAACCAUUGUUCACCAUCAGGAUCUCCUCACCGAGUAGAUGUUAUAGGAAGGACUAGAUCAUGGUCACCCAGUGUCCCUCCUCCACAAAGUCGGAAUGUGGAACAGGGGCUUCGAGGGACACGCUCUACUGCUGGACAUUAUAAUACAAUUAGCCGAAUGGAUAGACAUCGUGUCAUGGAUGACCGUUACUCUCCAGAUAGAGACAGGGAUUGUGAAGCAGCAGAUAGACAGCCAUAUCACAGAUCCAGAUCAACAGAACAACGGCCUCUCCUAGAGCGGACCACCACCCGCUCCAGAUCCACUGAGCGUCCUGAUACAAACCUCAUGAGGUCGAUGCCUUCAUUAAUGACUGGAAGAUCUGCCCCUCCUUCACCUGCCUUAUCGAGGUCUCAUCCUCGUACUGGGUCAGUCCAAACCAGCCCAUCAAGUACUCCAGUGGCAGGACGAAGGGGCCGGCAACUUCCACAACUUCCGCCAAAGGGAACAUUGGAGAGAAAAGAAGUGGACUCCACAAGGAGAAGACAUGCAGGUGCUAUGGAUAUAGAGGAGAGAAAUCGCCAAAUGAAAAUUAACAAAUACAAACAGGUAGCCGGAUCAGAUCCCAGACUGGAACAAGAUUACCAUUCAAAGUAUCGAUCAGGAUGGGAUCCUCAUAGAGGGGCAGAUAAUAUUUCCACUAAAUCUUCGGACAGUGAUGUAAGUGAUAUAUCUGCGGUUUCAAGGACUAGUAGUGCUUCUCGUUUCAGCAGCACGAGCUACAUGUCUGUCCAAUCAGAACGGCCAAGGGGAAACAAGAAAAUCAGUGUCUUUACAUCCAAAAUGCAAAGCAGACAAAUGGGCAUCUCAGGGAAGAACCUGACCAAAAGCACCAGCAUCAGUGGAGACAUGUGCUCGCUGGACAAGACAGACGGCAGCCAGUCCGACACGGCGGUGGGGGCCCUGGGCACCAGCGGCAAAAAGCGGCGCUUUAGCAUUGGGGCCAAAAUGGUAGCUAUUGUUGGCCUCUCCCGGAAAAGCCGCAGCGCUUCCCAGCUCAGCCAAACGGAAGCAGGAGGUAAAAAGCUACGGAGCACUGUCCAGAGAAGCACGGAAACGGGCCUGGCUGUGGAAAUGAGGAACUGGAUGACUCGCCAGGCGAGCCGAGAAUCUACUGAUGGCAGCAUGAACAGCUACAGCUCAGAAGGAAAUCUGAUUUUCCCUGGUGUCCGCCUGGCCUCUGAUAGCCAGUUCAGCGAUUUCCUGGAUGGCCUUGGCCCUGCCCAGCUCGUGGGGCGCCAGACUCUGGCUACACCUGCAAUGGGUGACAUUCAGGUAGGAAUGAUGGACAAAAAGGGACAGUUGGAGGUGGAAAUCAUUCGGGCUCGUGGCCUUGUCAUAAAACCAGGUUCCAAGACACUGCCAGCACCAUAUGUAAAGGUGUAUCUGUUGGAUAAUGGAGUCUGCAUAGCCAAAAAGAAAACAAAAGUGGCAAGAAAAACACUGGAACCCCUUUACCAACAGCUAUUAUCUUUCGAAGAAAGUCCCCAAGGGAAGGUUUUACAGAUCAUUGUCUGGGGAGAUUAUGGCCGCAUGGAUCACAAAUCCUUUAUGGGAGUGGCCCAGAUACUUUUAGACGAACUGGAGCUGUCCAAUAUGGUGAUUGGAUGGUUCAAACUUUUCCCCCCGUCCUCCCUAGUAGAUCCAACCUUGGCCCCUCUGACAAGAAGAGCUUCCCAAUCCUCUCUGGAAAGUUCCACCGGACCUUCUUACUCUCGUUCAUAGCAGCUGUAAAACUGUUGUCAUAGCAACCAGCGUUACAAAA